GCUGAGCACAGCUAGGGACUGCAUGGUGGCUUCAGAAACUGCCUCCUUAAUUCGGAGAUAACAAUGGUUGGGAAGGCCAGAUCUUCUAAUUUUACCUUAUCUGAAAAGCUUGAUUUGCUAAAACUUGUGAAGCCGUAUGUUAAAAUUCUUGAAGAACAUACCAAUAAGCAUUCUGUAAUAGUGGAAAAAAACAAAUGCUGGGAUAUCAUAGCCGAUAACUACAAUGCCAUCGGAGUAGAUCGCCCUCCUCGUACUGCACAGGGCCUGCGCACGCUGUACAAGAGGCUCAAAGAAUAUGCCAAACAGGAGCUAUUGCAGCAAAAGGAGAGCCAUUCAGAUUAUAAAAGCAGCAUCUCCGAGCCAACCAAGAAAGUUGUGGAGAUGAUUCCACAGAUUUCCAGUGUGUGUUUAAGAGACAGGAGCAGUUUACAAAGUGCCAGCAUCGAUAAAGAAACACUUGCUGGUGCCUGUUCACCACAGGCAGUGUUGGAUCAUCAUCCUGCAGCUGUCACAAUGGAGUUGGAACCAGAAGAGGAUGUCAAACCUCCUCCUUCUUUGAUUGUAGAUUCACAACAAAGUGAGAAUUUAGAACAGGGUGAAGAACACCAAUUAGUGCAUAUUAUGGAGAGAUCUCCUUCAACUUCUGUAUCUUCAGUUGAUAUGAGGAUGAUGAUGUCUCCAUCUCCUGUUCCCAGAAGAGAUGAGUUUUUUAGGUUUGAGGUAGGAGAACGUUUUAGGCCCAUGUGUGGAUAUGAUCCACAGAUGUUGCAAAUGCUGAAGGAGGAGCAUCAAAUAAUCUUGGAAAAUCAAAGAAAAAUUGGGCUUUAUGUUCAAGAAAAAAGGGAUGGUUUGAAAAGAAAACAGCAGCUAGAAGAAGAACUAUUGAGAGCAAAAAUCAAAGUAGAGAAGCUGAAAGCAAUACGACUACGACGUGAUCUACCAGAAUAUAACAGUAUCUAAAAUAUUUAUCACUUCUCUGUUACAGUCUCUAAGAUACUUUAUUAUAAUUCCUUUGGGCUAGUAAAACACUUUCUUAUAUUAACGUGAAUGGAAUGGAUCAAAAUCUAGCCUUGAGAAAUAAAUGCAUGUUUUUCAUUUUGUUGUUUAUGUACGUUAGCAAAAGUGUCAGUGUCUUGCUCAGGUUUGAAUCUUCCCAUCUCUUCUAGUCUGAAGUAUAAUCGGAUACUGUAGAUCUAAGUGUGUAAGAUGAAACAACUACCUUUUGAAAUCUUCCACUGAUCUUUAUCAGAGCUAUAACAAGCUAAUGAAAAUUUAGGCAGUGCUUCCAAAACAUGUUGAUUUUAUGCAUUACUCUUUCUCAAAGUGGUCUUUAUCCUUUAGUAUUCUUCAUGAAGUUAUUUACAGGUUAAUAAAUAUACAUAAA